AUGUUUUUCUUUCUUUGUUUAAAUCAAGCUAUUGUUGAUGAUAUUUUUACCCCGCGUAGCAUGGAUUCUCAAGCAAAUCCGAUUUCAUCCACUCCCAAGCAAAAUCAAGCCACAACGGAGAUAAAUUCAGAAAAUAAAAUUUCCGUCGAAAAUUUGAAACCACUUAAACUUAUUAAUACUGGCUUUAAGUUACGCACAGACAAGCCUCUCUUCAGACACUUCUCUCCCAAAGACACAAUGGCGUAUGAUGAUCGUCUUCAACAAAGAACAGUUUUUACUAAUACCAAAAACAGACCCUCUAUCGCAGGUAAACGUCCUCAACCUCGUUCUGUUUUAAGAGUUUUACCAGUUGAAAAACAAGAAUCUGAAAUAAACCAAGAAGAGUCACCAUAUUGCAUUGGAUGUGGUAUGUAUCUACAAAAAGAAGAAGUUAAACCAUUAGCUUCAUUCACACCAAACAUGGUUAACCUUGCUGAUUAUCUGGAAAAGUGCCAAGAUCAAAGAUUCUCUGAAAAAUAUCCAUCUUUAUGCAAAGAAAUUGAUACUUUAGAAUCAAACUUUGAUUUGUGGAAAUACUUCACUCCAAAAACAAAAACAUCUGCAGCACCUUCACGUCGUUACAAAGAUUCUUAUUCAUAUUUUGUUAACAGUCAGGAAGAAUCACAAACAAACGAAGUCUUAGAUAAAGAAAUAUGUCCAUGGUGCGGCUUUACAUCACCAAAAGAUCAAGCUAAUUCCUAUUUUGUUAAAAGUCAGGAAGAAUCACAAACAAGCAAACAAACAUUACAACCCCCAUAUACCAACAUUGAACAGACAACUCAAAAAGACACUGCACCAUCAAAAGAUCAACUUUUACUUGAAGAACAAACAGAAAAAACAGAAGAGCCAGUUGAUUACCCAAGUCAACAAACGUGCACCAAUGCAUCGGAUUGUGCUGGUUUGCUUGGACAAGGAUCAGCCUUCUAUUCCCCUGGUCGUCCAAAAGAUUCGAAACUUUAUAAAUCUUUAGAUACAGGUGAUCAUUCACAAACAGGAAAACAUUCUGAAAAGCAUCAACGUAUGAAAUUCAUUUCAGAUACCAACAGUGAACAUUCAACUCCAAAUUCAGAUGGAACAAUUUGUCCAUGGUGUGGCAUUAUAUCACAAAAAGAACAAAAUGCCAGAGCAACUAUUCCAAAGUUAUCACGUCCUAGUUUAAGAACUAAUGAUUUGUCUUCUUAUGCAAAAAAUUGCAAAAACUUAACAUUCUAUCUACAACAUGUUCAACAAUGCAAUUCAUUAGGCAUUUUUGGUCCGGAUAAAGCCAAAUUUGAAGAUGAUUCCAAAUCCAUGAAGAAAUCCCAUAAAGAAUCUGAUAUAGAUGUUCAUUCACCAGAAGAAAACUUUUGGUCGCUAUUUUUCCCACCUAAAGCACACGCAGACGAACUUCACAAUUCUAAAUCUAACAGUUUCAGUACACUUGGAGAUAAGUGCAAAGACCCAACUUUCUAUAAAGAACAUACUUAUCUAUGCAUGUCAUUAGGCUAUUUCAUUCCUACUAAAGUCCAUGCCGCAGGUAAGCGCCGUCCAGGAUUAGAUGUUCUUAAUGGUCAAGAAAAGAAACCUCUUCAACUUGUUGAUACCGGUGUUCGUUUACCAGAAGAAAACAGUUUAUGGAAGGAAUUUGAUCCAGAUGAUGUAUCCGCUCACUAUCCACGUAUUCGUCAUGCUGAUAUUUAUGAUGUUAAUGGUGAUGAUUUCUGCAAAUUAUUCCCUAAAUUGUGUGAAUUAUUUGGUCCAGGCAAAGGCAGCCCAGUUUAUCUUCAAGAUGAAAUUCCAUCAACUGAAAAGCUAAAUAAACCUGUUAAAGAUUCUGAUGCAGAAGAAAACUUUUGGUGGCUAUUUAACCCGCCUAAAGCACACGCAGCCGAACUUCACAAUUCUAAACAAACUGUUCCAAAGAGACCUCGUGUUUUGCCAAGAGUUUUACCAGUUGAAAGACAAGAGUCUGAAACAAACCAAGAAGAACCACCAUAUUGCAUUGGAUGUGGUAUGUAUCUACAAAAAGAACAAAACAAAGAAUCAUAUUCAUUCGAACCAAACAUGGUUAACUUCAUUGAAUAUUCAGAAAAGUGCAAAGAUCAAACAUUCUCUGAAAAAUAUCCAUCAUUAUGCAAAGAAAUUGAUAUUUUAGAAUCAAACUUUGAUUUGUGGGAAUUCUUUAAACCAUUCAAGACUGCAGGCACUAUUAUCCGCCAUUAA